UGGACGCGCCGCUACUUCCCUUUCCUUGUUCUAUUCGGCCACGGGCGGAGCUCCGGCGAGAUCCUCACGCCGUCGCCGCCGCGCUCUGGUCUGCCUCCAGAGGGAGAGCGAUGGAGGGCGCGACGCUUCCGUGCUUCGAGUGCUUGGAGCGCGUCGUCCGGUCCGAUCUGUCGGCGGAUCUCGUCUUCCGCUAUGGGGUCUCCGACUCCGCCCUGCCCUUUGGCUCCACCGCUGUCGUCCAGUCAUAUUUGAACCAGGGAGCAGACAAUACUGCAGGUGAGGAGGUCUCUUCUCAAUUUGAGCUUGUGGGGAUACCUAAUGAUGAUAAAAGAUUCUUUGUUGCAAAAUUUGGCCACAACUAUUUGGACAAUGAUUUCACAGAUGGUAAAGAUGAGAUGUCCUCAUCAGAACAAGGUCAUUGUCAAGCUGAACUUGAUGCUGGUAUUCUCAGUGAUGGCAUGCCAUCUUUGUCCGGAGAUGACUCCCUAUGUUCAGGGGAAGGCCUGGUGGCCCAGAAUAUUGAAGGUUCCACCACCAUUGCUUACAAACAGGGGACAUGUUUAAGAGUGAUCUCUGCAUUGAGUCCAUUUGCUCAUGUCUGCAGGGGUUCCUCUGCCACAAUCAAAGAUCUAAUUUGCAAAUAUACAUCUGAAUUGACUGAAGACUUUGUGAUUUCAUCCCUAAAUCUCCUAAUGGAAGGAAAACUAGCUGGGGAUUAUGGUACAGAGUUUUUAAAGUUAGUUGGUUUUCCUGCAUUCAGCAAGAGCACUAUUCCUACCAGUGUGAGACAUCCUAAUAUUGCCCCUGUUUUAGGUAUUCUGAAAACACCUUCAUAUGAUUAUUUAUUGCAUGCUAAGGCUCCAAACACUCUGGACAAUGUUCUGCACUAUAGCCCCAAGGCAUUGAAGUCAGAUUGGCAUAUUAGGUUUUUAAUUUAUCAGGUGCUUUCUGCUUUAGCAUACAUGCAUGGUUUGGGGGUUGCUCAUGGAAACAUAUGCCCCUCCACCAUCCAGUUAACCAAUUCAUGUUGGUCAUGGCUGAGCGUGAGCGAUAUGUGUCUUCUGAAAGGUCGCCUGAGUUUGAAAGAACCUGCUUGUUUGAGGGCAUGUUGCUGCAUGGAGAACUGUCCUUGUCAAGCUAUUUAUGCUGAUUUGAAGCUGCCAAUGUCUAUGGAUUGGCAUUCCAAUUUCAAGCGGUGGUGGAGAGGUGAAUUAAGCAACUAUGAAUACCUUCUUGUCUUAAAUAGAUUAGCUGGGAGGAGGUGGGGGGAUCAUACAUUUCAUACAGUGAUGCCCUGGGUCAUAGAUUUCAGUGUAAAGCCAGAUGAAAAUUCUGAUGCUGGUUGGAGGGAUCUCAAGAAGAGCAAAUGGAGGUUGGCAAAAGGUGAUGAGCAAUUGGAUUUCACAUAUUCAACAUCAGAAAUUCCCCACCAUGUUUCUGAUGAAUGCCUUUCUGAAUUAGCAGUCUGCAGUUACAAAGCCAGAAGGCUGCCUUUGAGAAUACUUCGUUCUGCUGUGCGCUCUGUCUAUGAGCCUAAUGAGUAUCCAUCUAACAUGCAAAGGCUUUACCAGUGGACUCCAGAUGAGUGCAUUCCUGAGUUUUACAGUGACCCUCGAAUUUUCUCCUCUAUCCAUUCUGAGAUGAGUGAUCUGGCUGUGCCAUCAUGGGCUGCAUCUCCUGAAGAAUUUAUCUCAUUGCAUCGAGCUGCAUUAGAAAGCGAUCGUGUAUCACGAGAAAUUCAUCACUGGAUCGACAUAACCUUUGGUUACAAGCUUUCUGGCCAAGCAUCUAUUACUGCCAAGAAUGUAAUGUUGCCUGCAUCUGAUCCAUUAAUGCUGAAAUCUAUGGGGCGUCGACAGCUCUUUAUGAAACCACAUCCUAAGCGCCAUGGAACGGUACCUCACUCUCGUUAUCAUAGCCAUGAAGAAUCAUGCAAUAAGUAUCAAGUUCGAGGAAAUGAUAAUGAGAAAAACUCAAGUAUGUCUUCUGAUAAUGCCAGUCGGUUGCACUUUACUUCUCAGGAUCAUCUCCCUUCAGGAACUGGUUAUUUGGAAGAUUUAGAAGAAGCUUCUUUAUUUUGUGAAUCUGCGCGCUAUUUAAAUCCAAGCUAUCAUUAUGUAGAAAAAAUUUUUGAGAAUUUUUCACCCGUGGAAGUUUCACUAAAUGAGCCUUCCAAAAUGGAGAAUUUAGAAUCACCUUCCAGUGCUCCCUCAAUUCCAUCUGAUUUUAAUUUAGGUUGUCUUCUUGAAUAUUUUGAGUCUGAUGAUAGUGGUUCAAUGGGCUUUCAAGAGUUUUUGCACUGGAGACAGAAAGCAUCCUCUUUGGGAGUAUGUUCUGAAGAUCUUGCAGAGGACAUAUUCUCCAUUGGGUGCAUACUGGCUGAACUUUAUUUGAACAGGCCACUUUUUGACCCUGUUUCAUUAGCUGCAUACAAGGAAAAUGGCAUCAUACCAGGAGCAUUGCAGGAACUGCCUCCACACGUUGCACUUCUUGUUGAAGCAUCCAUCCAGAGGGACUGGGAGAGGAGACCAUCAGCGAAAUGCUUUCUGGAGUCGCAUUACUUUCCUCCAACAGUCAGGUCUGCAUAUUUGUUUCUUUCCCCACUUCAGCUGUUGACUAAAACUGGGCAUCGCCUUCAAUAUGCUGCUAAGCUUGCAAGUGAAGGAGCCCUGAAAGCUAUGGGAAGAUUUGCUGCAGAAAUGUGUGCGCCCUACUGCUUACCACUUAUCACAUCACCUUUGUCGGAUGUUGAAACUGAAUCAGCUUUAUGUUUGCUGAAAGAGUUUCUGAAGUGCUUGAGCAUUCAAGCAAUAAAAGCUUUGAUUUUGCCCAUCAUUCAGAAGAUUUUACAGGUAUCAGAAUAUUCACAUCUGAAGGUCUCUCUCCUUCAAGAUUCCUUUGUGCAGGACUUGUGGAACCGAUUGGGUAAACAAGCAUAUCUAGAGAAGAUACAUCCUUUAGUGAUCUCUAGUUUAUGCAACUCACCUAACAAGAUAUCUGCUUCUGCUGCUGCUGUCCUUUUGAUUGGUUCUAGCGAAGAGCUUGGUGUUCCCAUUACAGUUCAUCAGACAAUUUUACCACUAAUCCACUGUUUUGGGAAAGUACUUUGCGCUGAUGGAAUUGAUGCUCUGGUUAGAAUUGGUGGUCUUCUUGGAGAAAAUUUUAUUGUCAGGCAGCUUCUGCCUUUACUAAGGAAUGUUAUUCUCUCAAGCAUCGAUGUUUCUCGGAUGAAUAAGCCUGAGCCUGUGCACAGCUGGAAUGCUUUAACUUUAAUCGAUAGCUUUUCUACCUUAGAUGGUUUGGUCUUGGUCCUGCCUGUAGACACGAUCCUUAAGGAGCUAAUUCAGGACCAAAUCUUCCUCCAUGUGAAGGUUUUAAUGCAGACUCGUAUGGAUCUUUCCGUGAUUCAGGUUGCUGCAACUACACUCAUUGCAGUCUGUCAAAGGAUUGGACCAGAAUAUACUUCUGUAUUUGUCAUGCCGCGACUUAAAGAUCUGUUUGAUGAGCUGGCCUUUUCUCAAGCAGCAACUUAUGGAACUGGUCCCGAUGGGAGAGAUUCUAAGGUUUCUCGAUUAAAGAUAGAUGAAAAGUUUCAGAUUGAAACCCGAAGAGACCUUAUCUUGCUUUUGUAUCCUCCACUUGCUUCCCUUAUUGGCAUAGAGAAUCUUCGCAAGUGUUGUCCCACAUGGUUUCUUUUAGAGCAAAUUCUUCACAAGAUUUACAAUUGGAAGUGGGAGUCUUCUGGGGAAACUUGUAGAAGUGUUGGUGAAAAUUUGAACCCUCAGAUGCUUGCUUUUGGAAAAAUUUCUUCGUCAGAGUACAAUCCUGCCAAACUAUUGCUUAAUGGUGUUGGUUGGUCUAUUCCGCAAUCGCAAGCAGUUAAAAGUGGCAUGUCGGCGAUAAAUUCCAGGCUUGUAAAUGAGCAUCAACCAACUGCAUCAGGAAAUCAUUCAGUAACCUCAAACCUUGGGAGCCAUGAACCAUGGUUUUGGUUCCCCAGUCCUGAUGCUAGUUGGGAUGUUCCUGAUUUUCUUGGGCGCAGUGGAGGCUCAAAAGAUGAACUUCCUUGGAAGAUCAAAGCGUCAAUUCUUUACUCUGCCCGUGCUCAUCCUGGAGCUCUGAGAUCUUUAGCUGUUUGUCAUGAUGAAUGCACAGUUUAUACUGGAGGAGUUGGUCCUGGAUUCAAAGGAAGUGUUCAGAAGUGGGAAUUGCCUAGAAUGAACUGCAUAUCUGGCUAUUAUGGCCAUGAUGAGGUGGUGAACUCUAUCUGCAUAUUGUCUGUUGGUGGAAGGAUAGCUUCUUGUGAUGGUACCAUCCAUAUAUGGAAUGGACAAACUGGGAAGCUGAUAGCAGCAUAUGCUGAAUCAUCAACAAAUUUCCCACUGUCGUUGUCAACCAAGGUGAACACGGAGCAGCCCAACAUGCUUACUCCAAAUGCACUCUCUGGCGGAAUACUGUCUAAUGCAUUCAGUGGUAGUUUGUACACAUGCAUGAAUCACAUAGAGUCUGAUGAUAAGCUUAUAGCUGGCAUGGGAAACGGUUCAGUCAGGUUCAUUGAUGUUGUUCAAGACCGGAAACUGCACCUGUGGAAGAGUGAUGUAGCUGAGUAUUCUUUUUCAUCACUUGUGUCAGCCAUUUGCUCCUGUGGUUCUGAAAAGCUUCAAGCAGAGAGAGCUGUAGCUUCGCCAUCUUGGAUUGCUGCUGGGCUAAGUUCAGGACAUUGUAGGUUGCUUGAUGCAAGGAGUGGAAAUAUUGUUGCUCUUUGGCGAGCACAUGAUGGCUACAUUACUAAAUUAGUAUCACCAGAGGAUCAUUUGCUUGUAUCCAGCUCUCUUGAUAAAACCUUGCGAGUUUGGGAUCUGAGAAGGAACUUGGCUUCUCAAUUGAAUGUUUUUAGAGGCCAUUCUGACGGCAUCUUCAGCUUCACCAUUUGGGGUCAGGAUGUACUCUCAGUUUCCAGAAAUAAGAUUGCACUGACCUCUCUUUCUAGAUCAACCACUGAACAGGGUGGACAGCAUUGGCUUUCACUUCAGAAGCUGUAUUCUGCUGAUAAGGGGAUGAGAAACCUCUCGGUGCUCUCCACCAUUAGUGUGCUUCCUUUCUCACGAUUAUUUCUUGUUGGAACAGAAGAUGGUUAUCUGAAGAUCUGUUGUUAGCGAUUUUGCUGAGCAGUAUAGUUUCUGUUUGCCUCAUAUUCAGUUGCUGUUUCUUAAUUUUCUUGGCAAUUCAAUGUACAUUGCAUGUAAUAUUGUUGUAAAUUAUCUUUUUGGAAAAGAAAAAAAAACACCAUGGGCACCUCAUGGAGGUGAUGUGUCUUUAUGUUUUGUGUAACAUUAUGUUUUGGUUGUAGCAAUAUACAUUGGGUUUAUUUGCUA